GAAGUCCGAGGCACUUCCGGCGGGUGCGGAUCGGAAGGCGACGGCCGCUUCCGCCCGGGUCCGUCCUCCGCUGAGCGCUGAGCGGCCCCGUCCGCCAUGGGCCCGCGGGCGCUGCCGCUGCUGGAGCCGGGGUGCCGCCCGCAGCCGGCCAAGUGGUACCGGCUGUCACCGCGCGGUGACCGGCCCCGCGGGCGCGUGGGCCACGGCUGCCUCUUCCUCCCGGGCGGCGGCACCGGCCGCGUCCUCCUCCUGGGCGGCGCCGACCCCGCUGGCGCCUUCUCAGACGCCCACUUCGUGGACCUGGGCGCACACCGCUGGGCCGCGGCCGGCUGGAGCGGGCUGCGGCCGCGCUAUGAGCACGCCACCUUCCUGCCUGCCGCCGCCCCCCCGCGCCUCUGGGUCUUCGGCGGCGCCCACCCGGCGGGGAACCGGAGCUGCGUCCAGGUGCUGGACCUGGAAAUUGGAACCUGGGAGAGUCCUGAAGUGAGUGGCGUGCAGCCGCUGCCUAGAACGUUUCAUACAUCCUCCGCAGCCAUAGGAGACUGUCUGUAUGUGUUUGGAGGGGGACAUAAAGGAGCAGAACCAGUUAAAGACCAGCGGCUUCACGUGUUUGACACAGCCACCUUGACCUGGUCCCAGCCAGACACUCAUGGUGAUCCCCCCUCUCCUCGGCACGGACAUGUUGUGGUUGCAGUCGGGUCCAAACUCUUCAUCCAUGGAGGUUUAGCUGGAGAUAUUUUUUACAAUGAUCUAUUCUGCAUUGAUAUAAAUGACAUGAGGUGGGUUAAGAUACCAGCCACUGGUGAUGUCCCGGGAGGACGGGCAUCCCACUCAUCAGCUGUGUUUAAAGACCACGUGUACAUUUUUGGUGGAAUAGGUCCAGGCGGGACACUAGAUACCACAUACAAGUACCACACAGAGAAGCAGCAAUGGACACUCCUACGGUUUGAUUCCCCUCUGCCUGCUGGGAGGCUGGACCAUGCCAUGUGUGUCAUUCCCUGGAGGGCUGGGAAGAGUGGAGAUGGGGGAACCAUCACCUGGGAAGGUACAGCUGGGAAAGAGUCAACAGCAUCAGGUGGUGACAAAGCUACACCACUCCAGGAGGAGUGUGCUGAAGACACAGUUGUGCAUCUGCUGUUGAUAUUUGGUGGGAUGGACAUGGAGGGGGAUGUUUACAGGGACUGCAUUGUCAGUCUGAUUGAAUAGCAGAGUGUGGUCCUGCACAGCACUAGCCUUUUCUACACUUUUUUUAUAGUCCUGUCAGAUCAAUUCUUCUGUCCAAUAAAGAAAUUCUUACCCUCAAA